GAACAAAGAAAGAUGUCUGCAAUUUCAUCGAAUACCAACAGUUCAUCUGCCACUUCGACUUCAACGUCUAAUGCCGCCGCCAGUUCAACGACCAAUGCCAUUGUGCCUGUCGCAUCCAGCAAUUUUUCUGCUCUGAUGUCGUCGUCUUCGACAUCGGUGCUCAGUGCGAGUGGCACUUGUAGCUUUAAUGGUGUUCUAAUUAGCGAAAUUGUUGAUGAAAAUAUUUUGGAAUUCAGACCCAAACAUAAGGGAGCAUGUUCAUUGAUAUGCAGCUAUGAUUCGCAAGGUGUACUUAUAAAAAUUCCUCUAGAUUCACCUACAUCUUCGAAUUCUAUAAAGGAAUAUCUGCUAACAUCCGAAACUGACUGUGCACAGGUUGGCCGUCAAACAUUUGCCGUUUCCUUUGAUAAUGACAACUAUAUUCUAAGAUUCCCUACGGAACAAGAACAACAUAGAUUUCGAAAACUUAUCGAUCAUGUCAAAAGACUGCGGCCAAAGUCAGUAUUUUCACAACGAACCGAAGAGUCUUCCGCUUCUCAGUAUUUUCAGUUCUAUGGAUAUUUGUCACAGCAACAAAACAUGAUGCAGGACUAUGUUCGCACCAGCACCUAUCAAAGAGCCAUUUUGGGAAAUGCUGUUGAUUUCCACAAUAAAAUUGUUCUGGAUGUCGGUGCUGGUUCUGGCAUCCUUUCAUUUUUUGCUGUCCAAGCCGGAGCUGCAAAGGUCUAUGCCAUUGAGGCUUCCAAUAUGGCUCAGUAUGCCCAACAACUCGUUGAAUCGAAUAAUGUGCAGGACAAAAUCUUUGUUAUGCCCGGUAAAAUAGAAGAAAUUGACUUGCCCGAGCAUGUCGAUGUGAUUAUUUCGGAACCCAUGGGCUAUAUGCUAUAUAAUGAACGUAUGUUGGAGACUUAUUUGCAUGCACGUAAAUGGCUGAAACCCAACGGAAAGAUGUUCCCCACACAUGGUGAUUUGCAUGUGGCUCCAUUUUCGGAUGAGGCAUUGUACUCCGAGCAGUAUAAUAAAGCCAACUUUUGGUACCAAUCAGCAUUCCAUGGCGUCGAUUUGACAGUACUUCAUAAGGAAGGAAUGAAGGAGUAUUUCCGUCAGCCAAUUGUGGACACGUUUGAUAUACGCAUAUGCAUGGCAAAGUCGGUACGUCAUGUCUGUGACUUUAUGAGAGACAACGAGAACGAUUUACAUAAUAUUGAUAUUCCUUUGGAAUUCCAUAUUCUGCAAACUGGAAUUUGCCAUGGUUUGGCUUUUUGGUUUGAUGUUGAAUUUUGCGGUUCCAGCCAGCAGGUUUGGCUGUCCACCUCGCCCACAGCACCAUUGACCCAUUGGUAUCAAGUACGGUGUUUGCUGCCCAUGCCCAUAUUCAUAAAGCAGGGACAGGUUUUGACUGGCCGUGUACUGCUUGAAGCCAACAGACGUCAGUCGUAUGACGUAACCAUCGAUUUGCACAUCGAAGGCACAUUGAUAUCAUCUAGCAAUACACUAGAUUUGAAAAAUCCUUAUUUCCGAUAUACCGGCGCACCAGUGCAGGCGCCACCCGGCACUUGUACACAAAGUCCUUCCGAACAGUACUGGUCUCAAUUAGACGCUCAAGGACAACGUUCAACUGGUAUGGUUAAUGGCAUGGCUGUUAAUGGCCUCACCGAUGUUUCUAUGGACAUUUCUCAUACGCUUAUGCAUCAUCCCCAGUCGUAAAUGUAGUCCAAAACAAGAAGCAAGAAAGCAACCUACUAACAAUCAAUCACUACAACCCC